AUGGGCUCGCCCUGGCGGCCGCGUGGGGUACUCGUGUGUUGUGCGGGGGCGCAUUCUGGCGGCGGCGGCCGGAGGCGGGCGCCGCGCGUCGCGCGCUCGCGAGGGGGCGCGGAGGGGCGUCCUGGCGGCGGGCGCGCGCAGCAGUCGCCAGUCGGAGGCGGGCGUCGCAUGAGCCGGGUGGUCGCCGUGCGCCGCCGUGGCCGUGUGGAGGCUGACACGCGUGGCCCGCGCCGUCGCUGGGGAGUGCGCGUGGCGGGCGGUGUGCAUCGACCCAGACCAACAGAGAGACGGUGGAGGAGGAGAAGGCAGCGGGGAGACGUGCACCUCCGCCAAACCGCAACCAUAAAUUUACGUUUGAAGCAAAUUGAAGCGUUCUGUUGCAAAGACCAACCAACAUUUCAUUUAAAAGGAAUAAGCAAUGGAGUAUAUAAAUUACUAGAUAUCGAAACUUCAUUUAUGAUGGAAAAGAUGUGCCCGUUUCUACUGAGCAUAGUGCAGCAAGAUUUUGAAGGUUUAGAAAAUGCAACCAAAAACUUUUAA